GGUUAUAAUCACAAGAAUUGUGGUGAAAAUACGAUUUUAAUGUUUGAAAAGUUCACAAGAAUCGUUUUGCCUUUGGCUCCAUCUAAAGUGCUGUUCUGGAGAGUGCUUUGAAAAUUCCAAAGGAAAGAGAUAUAUUUCAGAAGUGGAGAAGUUAUACAGAAUGGUGAUUUUUCAAGAAAUCAGUAGAGUUUUGGAUUCUAAGAAAUCUCCAUGGAAAGAGUGGUUACAGCAAUUUAGAGAGGCACACUAUAUAUAACACGUUUUGGAACCUCUAAACAUUUUGCAUAUACGAGAAAGUGAUCUUUCUUUCUUUUCUAAAUAUAAACUAAUUCUAGUAAACUGUUAUGAAACAAGUAAAACUAAGUGGUCAGUCAAGUGUGUUGAUACUUAAAACGCCACACAGCCUUGCUAGCGAUUAGGACUGGAGGCAUCCGUUAGGAUUCGGAUAGGGUAUUUUUGAUUUUCGGAUUUACAAUCCUAGAUCAUAUUUCAGUAUGGGUUAGGGAAGGACGUUAGCAUAUUCAUUCGAGUUCAGUUUGAAUUUAUUAGUGUUUCAGUUUUUUGGUGUUAAAGAUCUCAGUCCAAUUCAGAUGUUUAUAAAUUUUGGUUCGGAUUUGAUUUAGAUUUUUGCGGGUUUGGCUUGGAUUCGGCGUUUAAAUUAUUUUUAAAAUUUUGAAUUCACAUAUAUUUUAAGAUUUUUGAAAUCUAAAAAUAAAAUAAUAUAUUACAUAUAAAUUUGAAUGCUAUAUGCCAAAAUAACACAACCUAACAUAUAAAUUGAUUUGAUUUGAAUAUUUGAAUAGAUGAUCAAAAGAUAUUUUAAAUAUAUUUAUGUUACAUAGUAUUGUUUAUCUAUUUUAGACAUUUAUUUUUGAUUAUUUGUAAAUAUUUUCAAAUAUUGGAAACAACUUCAAAAUAUUAUAUAUAUUUUUGGAUAUUUUUAUAUAAUAAAUCUAAGAAUUAUUAAUAUAUUGAAACAGCCUUAAAACUAUUUUUAAAGACACAAACCAAUAAGACAUGCAGUAUUAUCAUUUCUUUUAUUUUCUUUUUUAAGCCUAUUUAACAGAUUAUAUACUUUAGGAAAUUAGAGUUUUGGAAAUUAGAUUUGAGCCAAAAAAAACUAGGGUUUUUGUGAUUUACGCUCUGGUGUUGGACGAUAUUUGAUUCCAUGACUACACAACUUCCAGAAGACGUUAUCAUUGACAUCUUAGCUCGUGUACCAAGAUGUAACUAUCCAAGACUUUCCCUCGUUUGCAAGCACUUCCGAUCACUUAUUGCAUCGCCUAUGCUCUUCGCUGUACGAUCAUUGUUGGGAUGCGCGGAACUCUGUCUCUAUGUUCUCCUUCACAACAGAGAAACCGGCGGAGAUGAAAGUUGGUCUAUUCUCCGCCAGAAAACCAAAGACAAUUCCCGUUUGGUCCUUAUCCCUUCGCUUCCUGUUGCGCAAAGCUAUGCUGCAGUGGGCUCGAAGAUAUACAUCUUUGAUAGCACUAAAGAUGACAGUGUGACUACAAAUGUGUUAAGCUUCGACUGUAGAUCUCACACGGUGCAACCUCUCCCGAGCAUUGACGUAAACGUGUAUACUACAGUCGCUGACACCAUCAAUGGGAAAAUCUACGUACUUGGAUAUCAUAAUACUAACUCGGAGAAGCCGAUGGUGGUGUUGAAUACAGAAACACAAACGUGGGAGCCUGUGAUGACAAUACCAGAGACGGUGCAUUACAUGUGGCCUCCUAGUUUUGUGAUGAUGGCUGGUAAGAUGUAUACGAUAGGUGGAAGCUAUGUUUAUGACCCAAAGGAAAGUAGAUGGGAAACGGACGAAAAGCUGAAAUUCUGGGAGAAAGGGUGCGUCCUUGAUGAUGUGUUCUACUGCUAUGAUUUUUGUGUGAACUCUUUAAGAACGUAUGAUCCAAAGCAAAGGCUCUGGGGAGCGGUGAAAGGUGUGGAACAACUGUUGGCUGAGAUGAAAUCAUGCUCACCAGCUUCAUGGACUAAGAUAGUGGGUUACGGUCGAAAGCUAGCUUUGUUUUUUUCUAAAGAAGAAAUGACAAGAGAGAGAUGGGGUGUGGAUAUUUCACUGGAAAAACAAGAGAUAUGGUGUGCGGAGAUUUCACUGGAAAGACAAGAAGGAGAAGGGAUUUGGGGUAAAGUUGAGUGGUGUGAUCAGGUUAUGGUUGCUGGAAAUUUUAUCGGUAGCAAAUGUAUUGCUGUUAUGGUUUGAUUCAUGAACUCUUCUGUUUGGAUAUUAUAUCAGUUUAAAAUGCUACAUUUGGUUCUCUUUGUUCUGUUUUUGUUUUGAAUAUUUGUUUUAUGUAACUGAUUUAGGAGAAUUUUUAUUAUUCUUUUGUUUAUGGUUUCUAAAAUCUUAUUUGAUUGCUACCCUGAAGAAAGAUAUUUAGAAAAUUUGAGUUUUUCUGUAUAGUAGUAGGAUCAGUCUAACUGAGGAAACAUCUACUUUGGUAAGGUGUGUUAAUGUUUGUGAUGGUAUCCAAAAUGAGCAAGACGGUCCAGUGCUUAAGGACGCUUGUUAACUUGUUCAAGGUCAAUCUCUAGAACUAUUGUAUGUAUCAGACAAAACAGAAUAUUAGAUAACUGAAAGAAAAAAGAAAGUAGAAGUUAUAUAACAAGGAUGAUAAGUUAGUUUAGAGGUCAUAAGCAUUUUUACA